AUGGGUUUGAUUAGAGAUGUCCUUGGCUCGGCUCUUGGUGCUGGUCAAGUGAACAACGGCUUCAGCUCAAACCGCUUUUCGUCAUCAGACGUACGAAUGCAAAAUCGACCCCCGGGUUACCCUCCACCGCGAUAUAGUUACGAUGGCCGUCAUCAACAGCCGCGUAGGCAGGACGACCCAGUGGAUAUGAGACAUAAUAAUAACAAUUACUAUGAUUCCGGACCAUACUACAAUUCCGACUACCAAUCCCCUCAAGUGAACGCUCAACCUCCUUUGCCGCCGCGACAACGGUACACUGAGAACAACGAUUAUCAGGAUUCUGGUUAUUCGCAAAGUCCUGACUUUCGUCCGCUGGCUUUACCGCAAAUCACAUACGGAGACGGACAACCUUUCCUUCGCGGAUACAGUAAUGAACUGAGACAGUACGGUGUAUCCUUCAGAGAUUUUAUUCAAGCUUUGGAUAAUAUCAACAUCGCUAUCAUCCCGAAUCCGGAGGCGCAGGUUUUCCAGAAGGGGGCUAAUAUCGCUGGAUGGUUCUUGCCUGGAGCUGCCUCGAUUGGUCUCACAGUCGGCCAGAUUGGUGUUGGCCUCGGCACAGCAAUGGGCCACUCGUCUGCUGUCGCUCGGGCCCUAUCAAAAGCCAACCUAGAUCUGUUUGUACCAAAUGGUCUCGAGAUAUGUAUUGGUAAAUCGAAGGAUGUCGAUGCUGAAGUCGGGAUUUCUUCCUCUGCAUCAAGAUCGGCGCCUGGCACAUUACCAGAAGAUCGAGUAGCACGGUAUGGUAACCUUAUUGCCCCUCUCUCUGAUGUAUUGCCACCACUGGCGAAUAGUGGCCGACAAGACCCUCUUGCCGCCUUUGGUCAAAGAAUUGGCAAUAAAGCCGACGACAAAAAGGUGCGCAAAGCAAGGGAGAAAAUGGAGAAGGGGAAGACCGAUAAAUUCGAUGCUCUGGAGGGAGGCCUCCAAUGGGUAAGAUUUGGAGCCAAUCUAUCAACUGUGACAACAGUGGCUCAUUAUUGCUUUAGAUUAUAG